AUGAUCACAGACAUUGCGGUGAAAACGGCGACGAACAUACAAUGGGCAGCAGCGGGUUCCGCUCGAAAUUUCCCUCCCGAGCCACGCGCACCAGAAGAUGGCAGAAGCACGCAGGCCGGCUCACAGGGUAUUGCAGUCAACCUGUGGACCCCAAGCUUCUCCUCUCCCCAUGCCAUGUCGGCAGCCGUGAUCGGAGAGCUGUUGUCGGCAUGCGCCGGUGCCUAUUCGGGCUGUGUGGUGGGCCGCUUCGUUGCCGCCAACGUGCAGAGAAAACAUGGCCCAUGCAGCCGUGACCUGCCGUGGAGCGACGCCCCGGUACUUCACCCCAGGCUUCGGGCCGCUUGCCUCGCGUGGGGUAUCGUGGUGUUGGCUUUUGGUGGGCGUAUUGGGCGUCUUCUGAGGCACAUCCUGCAGGCCCACCAGCUCCUGCUGCGUGUUUUGGCAACUCCUGCUGGUGUGCCUGCUGCGCCAACAGUUGCAACAGUCCCGGGUUGUGAUCCACACGCGCCUGCUGAAGUUUUGGGUCCCCCAGUGGUGACGUCCGGUAUUGAAGAUGCUACGGCUGCGGCUGGAGUGCCUGCGGCCAACUCUCACUGGGCAUUGUUGUCGCUGUUGGUUGGGCAACUGGUGGAGCACCAAGGGCGCAUGCAGGAGUUUUUGUUUUUGGAUAUUCGGGACCGCUUCGUUCAGACGGUUGAUCCUGUGAACCGUAACCGCAGCCAGUGCUCCUUUGCCGAGAAUGCGCUAUUCAUCCGUGCUGCACGGUGA